AUUUUGUGGUUGUCGUGUAAACAAUACAAUUAUUUAAACGGUCGGUAGCCUAUCACUGGUGAUUCAAUCGAUAUGCCAGUGACGCAAGGUCGAUCCAGGAGGGAACGGAACAAUGUUCUGAACCGACCCGAGUUCAUGUCACUGAACCAGCCGUUACGGACUAAUAAUGCUGAAGUUCGCGGCGGGUCCGGACGGAAACCCGCCAAUAAACACCCGCAGAGUCAACACCACGCGCCUGAGACCGCGCAGCCGGAGACGCCGGAGAAUAACACUGACCGGCGGGAAUCGAUCAAACUACCAGAGGAGGACUGCAUGCUGCUCAAUCCAUCUUUCAAAGUGAUCGCUAUGAACUCACUCUUCGCUAUUGACAUCUGCCUAUCCAAGAGACUCGGGGUGUGCGCGCGCACCUCCUCCUCCUGGGGCAGUAUGCGCUCCAUGGUGAAGCUGCUCGCGCUGACCGGGCACGCGAUCCCCUGGGUGAUCGGCACGAUCUGGAGCCUGACCAGGAGCAACACGUUGGCAGGGCAAGAGGUUCUGAUUAACUUGCUUCUGGGUAAGACUUCUACCACACAGCUAUGAAUAAAUCGUUCUCAGUAAUUUGGCUCUUUGAAAUCCUUAGAAGUUAUUUGGCACUUCCGUCACUAGUAGCCUACACAACACAUCAUGGUCACUU